GUAGGAGUAACUUCCGGGAGGAAGUUGUUUCAUGGCAGAAUGUUUAGACAUGGCUGACAGCAUCAAAGUGAUUGACGAAGAUUAUGUUAGGAGGAUUCAUAGUAGAAAUCCUUCUGGCCACAUCCACAAAGGUCAUGGCGUCGUUGCAGCAAAUGCCUCUAUUCCCACCAGGUUCCAGACAAUCGUCACAGACAACUCCGACAAGAAGGGGUUCCUCAGCAGGGCCAAAAGAUUCCAGUCUGAUUCCAAUAUUACUGAAGCCCCUGGGCCAGGAAGUUAUGUACGGCACAAUACAGUUGAUAAUAUGAGUACAUCCUUCUCUAAGAAAGGAACAGGAGGAUUUGCUUCUAAGUCAAAGCGAGGUAUAAAGUAUCACCUAUCCAGUGCACCUGGGCCAGGGAUAUAUGCUUUACAGAGUACACUAGUCACCAAGAAAGACUUCAACAAAGCUCCCACCUCAAGUGUUUUCCAUAAGCCAAUAGCUCAGAGGACAAGCAAGCUGAAUGGUGUUCCUGCUCCAAACUCUUAUAACGUGUUGAAAUACAAACCAGGGAAGGUCAACAAUGUUAGUGCUGACUCAGCAUUCAAGUCGCAAUCCAAGAGAGAUAUGUUGAACACAAAGGAGGCAGCAUCACUGCCUGCACCAUGGCAGUACCAAGUAAAGGAUGACCUGCUUCACGGAUCUGUGAAGGCUCCGGUGUCAAGUUUCCGCUCCAGGACUCGAAGACAGAUGCAAGCAGAUCCUCCCGCUGUUCCUGGACCAGGCACAUAUUUCUCAUCAGGAGACAGAGAACAAGUCAAUAAGCAACUAUUUCCGAAGAAGCAUUAUUUGUGUAUCUCAGCCCCAGCAAUGCCCCUCCCUCCUGCCCCACCCUCCCCUGGGCCUGGUAGCUAUGAGAUGGUGGACUACGAGGGGGCGCCCAAGCACUAUAUGUCUAGUGCAGCAUUUGUGUCGGCAUCCAAUAGGUGGACAGGAGAUGCGACCAUGUUAACUGUGGAUUUGCCAGGACCAGCUCACUAUCGGCCACUGACAGUCGGAAAACAGUCAUUCAUUUACAAUUCAGCAGGAAAGUGGAUAUAGGAUGCAUGCAUUUAAUAGGUUGAAUCUUACUUCUCUACAAGUUUGUUCACCCUCAAAUCCGUCCAGUAUUAAAAUCAUUCUAUUUUUAAGAUGAAUCAACAGGCUUUACAGGAGGAAUGCCACUUUGAUGGACAUUGUACCUUUUAUGAAGAUGCGUUGUGAUAGUAGCCUUUAACUAUCGUUCACAAAUUCCAGUAAUAUUCACAGGCAAAAUGACAAAUGCUUUUUGCCCUUGGCAACAAUUUCAGUGUUAAUAUUUUUAUGUUCUCUGAUCAUAUAUGUCAUUCGAUUUUAGGAAUUAUUGCCACAAAUUAUUUUGUUACUGCCACAAAGCUUAGUGUUAUUUUGACAUUCUUUUUCCUAAGCUUCUUGAUUGUGAACUCUUAUCAUCAGAAUGUUAUUGUCAGUUUUUUCAAGAAUUCAUGAAAACAAAAGGGAUGUGUAUAAUUGUGUUGAUGCAAAUGUUUCUGCUCCUUCCACGAUAGCUUUCCAAAGAAUUUGGAUGUGUAUUAACACUUACGAAACCAGCAUUGUUUUGUGUCAAUUUGACAAAUUAUUCAUAUAUUUUUAGCAUUGAACCUUUUAAUGUGGAUGUACAUAAUAGUGAAUAUAUUACAGAAUUGUUAUAUCUACAUGUUUAUAUAUUUAUUAUUUUCUAUCCAUUCUAGGCUAACUGUGAUACUGUUAAAGUUGUUGUGGUGUAUAUAUUUUCACAUCAAUUUUCAUACAUACAAGUUCCUGAACACUCAGUCUCUUUGCCUUGCUAUUAAUGCCUUACAUUUAUAUUGGAACAAGUUGGAACAAUGUAACACUAUAGGCGCCUUCUAUGUGAUAACUACUCUCUAACACUUUUUUUAUUUGAUUGUCCCAUUUGACUUUUACAGAGCCUGUAAGGUCAUUCAAAUAUAUAUACUGAACACACAAUUUAUAGGUUCGUCAAUAUUUUUGGGGAUAUUUUUUAUGAAAUUCAACUACCAAAAAAAUAUCCCAAAAAUAUUCAUGAUCCUUAAUAUGUUCAGUUUAUGUUGAAAGUUUUUCAAAUUUUUAGUAUAAUUUCAAGAUGACAUUGAAUUUUUGCUUUAAAAAUUCAUUGGAUUAUCCUGAAAUUCAAUAAGUUCAGUUUCUUGAAAAAUCAGCAUGCUUGAAACAGUCCUAACAGGAUUCUGCUGAUCUGAAUCUUGUAUAUCUACUUACCCAUUAGGUACCACUUGCAAUAAGUGUCUGCUUGAACAUGACUAAUGUCAGUGACAUAAAUGGAGUGUUAAACUGUAUGGAGUUCACUCCUAUGAUAUUAAGUCAGAGAAUUUGAAUACAGUAGAAAUUAAGUCUUUGAAAGGCAUUUAGAAGUGAUACACAUAAGGAAGAGAAUUUAUGGAUGUCAACUUCUUUAUUAUGAAGAACACAAUGUUUCAGAGUAUAUACUUAUUCCUUUAUCAGGUGAUGAAGAUGAAGAAGUAAGCAUAUACUCCAAAAUUUUGUGUUCUUCAUAAUAAAGAAGUUGACAUCCAUAAAUUCUCUUCCUUAGAAGAAAUGAAGUUACAAUUUUUAUGUUUACAUAAUAUUGUAGUGAAAAUAUGAUUAUCAAAAGGCAAAUGUCAGUUGUUGAGUUAAAAUACAAUCCUUUGGAUAAAUUACCAUAUCAGAACUCAAAGAAUAUUGUGUUGUUUAUGAAGACAAUAAAUUUUGAUUAAUAUGAA